AUGGCCGCCGUACUCGCGAGACCCACGGCCAUACCAGAACGAACGGCCACUCCACCUCCACAGCUCUCCAUCAACACAUCUCAACGAGGUACACCGGCGCCUGUACCCAACAAGCACUUGCCGUUCUGCUCGCCCGGACCACGGCCUGGCAAUCGUCAGCUCGAUACCCCUCCAGCCUCCCCGCCAAGUCCAUCACAACUCAUCGAGACCACAUCAUUGACACAUCCACCCAAUGGCUUCGAGAAACUGUUUAAUGAUCCGCCCGUGUACUCGAUUGGUGCAAAGAAACUCUCGCAAGCACUAGAUCACCUCGCAACGCAACCACUGCCUUCGCCAAAGCAGGUAUUUCCGUGGCUGCAUGGUCUACACGCCGAGAACCAAUUGCAACUGGCCUUCUUCAUCGCGAGGAAGAAGGCAUUGCGGAAGACGCCAAGAUGCAUUCGUGGCAUUACCAUCGUGAAGGCCGGAGGUGACCUCACACACAGCAGGAUUAAAGGUGCUAUCGCGCCGGAAGAGCUGUUGAAGCCCGUACAGGCCGCAAAGAACAAGAAUGUCGAAGAUCCGGAGUUCUUGGAGUCGGACCCUAAGGAGGGAUUCAGCGUGAGGAAUUUCCAGAUCCAGGCGUGUAAGAUGGGGACUGUGAGUGAUAUUGUGGUGUAUGGCGACAAUCAGACACCAAGGGAAGAGGUUGUGAGGUUAGCAAAGAGGUUAUCGAAAGCGCAGACGAGCUGGCAGAAGAAGACAGAAGGCGCAUUUUCUUCUGGGAGGUUGUUUAAUACGUUCAUCUUGUCUGAAGACUAUACCAUCGUGGAGUGUGACCAUGACGAUCUGAUACAGCUUGAUUCCGAAGGCUGUAUGACCGACAACGUGAUGGACUUCUUCCACUGGGAGCGACUCGAGAUGUGCUCCAUGUCUGCGCCCAGCGAGAUCGCACCAAACGUCUGGCUUGGACCGACUCCAGAUCCAAAUGUCCAUAUGGGUCCCGAUGGCAUUAAGAAUGAUGCCCCAGACUUCGAUCUCCUUAUCGAAUGUAGUGACAUCGCACAGAUUCCGGAUUCAAAGGCCUUCAAAUGUCUGGAAGAUCUGCUCCACGAGAAGGAGAACGGUCCGUUUGCAGAUAAUGUUGUGCAUCAACUGGAGUUCCCUGGCUCUGGCUCGAUCAUGCCACCUACUUGGUCACACACCGAAGUCGAUGGUCUCGUGUCCACGUGCCAAUGGAUCCACGCUCAAGCAAACCGCGGUAUUCCAGAAAUGGACAAGCGACGAGAUAGCAAGCUGUCGCUGACACCACCUCGUGACGCCGAUGGCGACAGCUUCAUGCAUAGCGACGACUUGCCUCAAUGUGGCAGGAAGAUUCUCAUUCAUUGCACAGAUGGCUACACUGAGUCUUCUCUGCUUGCCCUGGCAUACUACAUGUACGCCAACGCCGCUCCUGUGCAUGAUGCCUGGCUCCAACUGCACAUCAACAAAGGCCGCAACUUCUUCGCGUACGGAUCUGAUGUGCAUCUCUUGAGAGCCAUCGAACCUCGUUUGCUCCAGGCAUCACCCAGGCAUUCUGGAGACUUGAGAAUGCUCUGCCCACAAGUGCCAGACUGGUUGGAGAAGAUGGACGGGUCGCUACCGAGCCGAAUCCUGCCGUACAUGUAUCUGGGUAAUCUGGGGCAUGCCAACAACCCCAAACUCCUGCAAGAGCUCGGCAUUGGCCAGGUCCUGAGUGUCGGCGAACCCGUGACGUGGCCGAAGGACGCGUUAGCGGAGUGGCCACGACAAAACACAAUGUUCAUCGACAAAGUCCAGGAUAAUGGCGUCGAUCCGCUGACGGAGGAUUUUGGAAAGUGCCUCGAAUUCAUUGAAAAUGGUCGAAAGAAAGGCACUGCCACUCUUGUGCAUUGCCGUGUCGGUGUGUCGCGAUCUGCGACGAUCUGCAUUGCUGAGGUUAUGAACGAGCUGGGCUUGUCGUUCCCUCGCGCAUACUGCUUCGUUCGUGCGCGGCGGCUGAACGUGAUCAUUCAGCCUCAUCUUCGCUUUUCUUACGAACUCCUCAAAUGGGAAGAAUCUCAAUGCCAAAAACGCGGCAAACCUCUCCGCCGCGAACUCGAAUGGGCUACGAUUGCGCGCGAAAUCGCGGCUAUGAAUAAGCCGUACUCGCGGCAGGGAUAG